AUGUUGGGCUGGGUCCAGAGGGUGCUGCCUCAGCCUCCAGGGACUCCUCAGAAGACCAAGAUGGAGGAGGAGAGGACAGAACCAGAGCCAGAGCCUGCACUGGUGAUGCAGCUGGAACCAGAGCCAGAGCCUGAAAUAGCCCCCCAGGAGGCUGAGCUGGAGGAUGAGUCCCCGCCACCCGAGGAGCCAUUCGAAGGGGAGGAAGUAGCUGAGACUGCUCGAAGCCCUCAGGACACCCAGAAGGCUACCCCUACUUCGCCCACAUCCGUCCAGUCCCAGGUUGCUGUGGUUCCCGAAGUGAACAGCCCCAGUGGCUGGGUGCUGACUUGGCUCAAGAAGGGUAUGGAGAAAGUCGUCCCACAGCCUGUUCGUAGUGGCCUGGAGGGCCCUGCUCAGGCAGGGGCAGAGAUUCUCGGGCACUGCAGCCCUGGGGACUCAGCAGAUGGACCCAAUGAGGCCCUGAGGGCACAGGACACCGGGCCUGGGCCCAGGCUGCUCCGGUGGUUUGAGCAGAAUCUGGAGAAAGUGCUGCCUCAGCCUCCAAAAACCUCCCAGGGCUCCAGAGAUGAACCUGCUGCAGAUGAUGCCUUGGGCCCAGAGCCCCCAGCACCCCCCUUGGAAACGGAGCCUGUGCUACAGGCCCUGGAGAGCCCCACCCUGCCCACUCCCGGGCCCCCAGAGCCUGAGGAAGAGCUGACCCCAGAGCACCAGCCUGGCACCCCAGAUUCCCCCUUGCCACCUCCCGGAGACCCUGCCAGGUUGAUGGCAUGGCUCCUGCACAGGCUGGAGCGGGCCCUGCCACAGCCAGUGCUCCGUGGGAAGGCUGGGGAGCAGGAGCCUGAUUCCCCUGUGACAUGUGACGUGCAGACCAUCAGCAUCCUUCCUGGAGGGCCAGAGGAGCCGGAUCUCAUCCUAGAGGAGAUCGACUCUCACUGGGAGGAGGACGAGCAUCGGGACGGCAGCAUCAGCCCUCAAGGCCCAGAGGUGGCUCCAGCUUACGAAGAGGAGAAUGAGGCCGUGGUGGAGAUGCCCAGGGAGCUGCCCCGGAUUCAAGAGGAGAAGGAAGAGCAGGAGGAAGAGGAAGAGCAGGAGGAAGAGAAAGAGCAGGAGGAAGAGGAAGAACAGGAGGAAGAGGAAGAGCAGGAGGAAGAGAAAGAGCAGGAGGAAGAGGAAGAGCAGGAGGAAGAGAAAGAGCAGGAGGAAGAGGAAGAGCAGGAGGAAGAGGAAGAGCAGGAGGAAGAGGAAGAGCACAGGGAGGAGCCUGAUGUCCCGCUGGAUAGCUGUCUGGUGGCACAGGCUGGUGAGGAUCCAAGCAGUAUAGACGAGACUGAGCCCCGGAGCGCCUCACGCCAGUCCCCAGGGUUUCGCCUCUGCCUGAGACCCCCGGGCCCCAGCACCAUGGCUAAACCAGGCCGGGACAUGGAGCUGAAUCACCUGGUCCAGGACCAGCUGCCUGGUCAGGUGGCCUCCAGGCUUGGCCCCUCACACAUGCUGGACCACCUCCCCAACGUGCCCAGCUACCGCCCCCCAACCACCCGCAUCCCUGUCCUCAUCUCCCGGAGGACAGCCUUGUCCAGCUCCAGCUUCGCCAAGGAGACCAGGAGCUCCGUCCGUCGCCUAGUGCCUGCCACAAAAGAGCACCCAGAAGUGCAGGUGGAAGAUGCUGAUGCUGACAGCCACCCCCUCAUCGUGGAAGACAGUCCACCCUCACCCGAGCUGCCGCCACCUUCUCCUGCUACAGCUGACACGCUCGCAGUCCCAGGAUCUGCCCCAGAGACCCACAGGAAGAGGCUGCCCUCUCAAGAUGAUGAAGCUGAAGAGCUGAAGGCGCUUUCACCAGCUGAGACCCCUGUGGUUGCCUGGUCGGACACCUCCACCCCACAGGGCACCGACGGCCAGGGCCGUGCGUCCUCUACGGCCAGCCAGAACAGCGCCAUCAUCAACGACCGGCUCCAGGAGCUGGUGAAGUUGUUCAAGGAGCGCACGGAGAAGGUGAAGGAGAAGCUCAUCGACCCUGAUGUCACCUCUGAUGAGGAGAGCCCUCAGCCCUCGCCAGCCAAGAAAGCCCCAGAGCCGGCCCCGGAUGCAAAGCCAGCCGAGGCGGGGCCGGUGGAGGAGGAACACUAUUGCGACAUGCUCUGCUGCAAGUUCAAAAGACGCCCCUGGAAGAAGUACCAGUUCCCCAAGAGCAUCGACCCGCUGACCAACCUGAUGUACAUCCUGUGGCUGUUCUUCGUGGUGAUGGCCUGGAAUUGGAACUGCUGGCUGAUUCCUGUGCGUUGGGCCUUCCCUUAUCAGACGCCAGACAACAUCCAUCUCUGGCUGCUGAUGGAUUACCUCUGUGACCUCAUCUACUUCCUGGACAUCACCGUGUUCCAGAUACGCCUGCAGUUUGUCAAAGGAGGGGACAUCAUUACGGACAAAAAAGAGAUGCGCAAUAACUACCUGAAAUCUCCCCGCUUUAAGAUGGACAUGCUCUGCCUGCUGCCCUUGGACCUUCUCUACUUGAAAUUCGGCGUGAACCCCCUCCUGCGCUUGCCUCGCUGUCUGAAGUACAUGGCCUUCUUCGAGUUUAAUAACCGCCUGGAGUCCAUCCUUAGCAAAGCCUACGUUUACAGGGUUAUCAGGACCACAGCCUACCUGCUCUACAGUUUACACUUGAACUCAUGUCUGUAUUACUGGGCGUCGGCCUAUCAGGGCAUCGGCUCCACUCACUGGGUUUAUGACGGCGUCGGAAACAGGGGUGCAUAUUUAAGGACCCUAGAGGGCCCUGACCUGCCCAGGCCCGCCCAGAGCUUAUAUGAGUCAGAGCUGAUGGUGCAGCUUCCAGACAAGAUGCGGCUGGACCUUGCCAUCGACGUGAACUAUGACAUUGUGAGCAAAGUGGCGCUCUUCCAGGGCUGUGACCGACAGAUGAUCUUUGACAUGCUGAAGCGGCUUCGCUCUGUCGUCUACCUGCCCAAUGACUACGUUUGCAAGAAGGGGGAGAUAGGCCGCGAGAUGUACAUCAUCCAGGCGGGGCAAGUACAGGUCUUGGGUGGCCCCGAUGGGAAGUCUGUGCUGGUGACGCUGAAAGUCGGAUCUGUGUUUGGAGAAAUAAGCUUGCUGGCUGUUGGGGGCGGGAAUCGGCGCACUGCCAACGUGGUGGCUCACGGGUUUACCAACCUCUUCAUUCUGGAUAAGAAGGACCUGAAUGAAAUUUUGGUGCAUUAUCCUGAGUCUCAGAAGUUACUCCGGAAGAAGGCCAGGCGCAUGCUGAGAAACAACAACAAACCCAAGGAAAAGAGCGUGCUCAUCCUGCCUCCCCGGGCCGGCACCCCCAAGCUCUUCAAUGCUGCCCUGGCUGCGGCGGGAAAGAUGGGUGCCAAGGGCGCAAAAGGCGGCCAGCUGGCCCACCUCAGGGCUCGACUCAAAGAACUGGCUGCGCUGGAGGCGGCUGCGAAACGGCAACAGUUGCUGGAACAGGCCAAGAGCUCGGAAGAUGCCGCGGGAGAAGCGGGUUCGGUUGCCCGGGACCAGCCUGCACCUCCGGACCAGCCUGCACCCCCAAUCCAGGCCAAGAGCUCGGAAGAUGCCGCGGGAGAAACUAUCUAG